CCCCGGCUGCCGUAGAACGACAUGCCGUGUUCCAGAUUAUGGUGACAGAAGCUAACAGCAAAAUGUUGCUGUCUUGGGCUUGGUUUUUGACGUUGUUAUUAAGUUUUGUGGGACAACACGUCACGUUUGCAUUGCAGGACGUUACUGCUGAUUUAUUUGGCCCGGAGAAUGCUGGCACGGUAGCGGCUUUCGGCGACUUUAACUCUGAUAAACAGACUGACAUUUUCAUCAUCAGGAAGGAUUCUGAGUUGUUGAUUUUCCUGGCUGAUCUUAAAGCUCCUUAUUUCAAACCUAAAGUCCAGCUCACUAAAGAGGCUUUCCCUAGUGACAUCAGCAUAACUAGUGUGGUCCCGGGUGAUUAUGAUGGAGACUCUCAGAUGGAUGUGCUUCUUACUGGCUCCCCAAAGGACUCCAGCUUAAAAACAGUUGUCUUCAUCUUCUGGGGACAUAACCAAACUUUGGACCAGAGUCAUAGGGUAGAUCUGAACAGGACCUUUAUUGAUCAGCCCCUUGUCAUGGACUUUAAUGGGGACAUGAUUCCAGACAUUUUUGGAUCUGUGGGUGGUUCGUCAGAGGUUUGCUAUCUCAGGAGUAGGCAACUGAAAUGUGAACAGGCUCUCAACUUUGAAGUCAAAAUGCGUGUCCCUCAUUCCAAUGCUUUCAUCGACCUUAACAAGGACUUCACUGCCGAUUUGUUCCUCACCACCACGGAUGGAUAUGAGACCUGGAUCAAUAAGGACGGGAACUUCACCCAAACCCUGUCUGUAAAGGCACCGGGGAUUGCGAAGAAAGUGGGUCAAUCUGCAUUUGUAGACUUCGAUGGUGAUGGCUCCCAGGACCACCUGUUGCCAGUCUGCAUGGAUAUUGCGUGUAAUAGAAGUGCAAUUUACCUGGUCAAGCCUGGAGAGACAGAGUGGGUGCCAGUGCUGACAGACUUCAGGAGGAAGGAUUCUGUGUGGGGAUUUGUGCCCUCUCCAGACUUUCCCAUCACCCUGCACUUAGGAGACUACAACCUGGAUGGUUUUCCUGAUGCCCUCGUCAUCCUCCAUAACACCAGUGCUAGCAGCACACAGCAGCAGGCGUUCCUGUUGGAGAAUGUGGCGUGUAAUAGCGAGAGCUGUCGGCAGGCGGGCCGCAUGUUCCUUGUGCACUGGGAACAGUCAGACCUAAGUGCCAUCCCCAUGGCUAUUGUGGCCACAUUUUUUGACAUCUAUGAGGACGGUAUAUUAGAUAUGAUCGUGCUCAGCAAGGUGGAAGGAAAGAAAGAGCUCGUCAUCCACGCUUUGAAGAACAACUUUGAGGCCGACGCGUAUUUCGUUAAAGUGAUCGUGCUCAGUGGCCUGUGCUCCAAUGACUGUCCAGAAAACGUCAAGCCCUUUGGUGUGAACCAGCCUGGCCCGUAUGUCAUGUACACAUCGGUGGACUCGAACGGUUAUCUGAAGAACGCAUCUGCGGGACAGCUCAGCCAGUCGGCUCAUCUCUCGCUCCAGCUGCCCUACACCGUGCUCGGUCUGGGGCGCAGCGCCAACUUCCUGGAUCACCUGUUUGUGGGCAUCCCCCAGCCCCCUGGAGGGAAGGACGUGAGGAAACAGGAAUGGACCGCUAUCAUUCCUAACUCCCAGCUCAUUGUUAUACCAUAUCCACAAAAUGACCCUCGCAGCUGGAGUGCAAAGCUGUACCUAACCCCCAGUAAUAUAGUCUUACUGACAGCGAUAGCACUGAUUGGUGUGUGCGUCUUUAUUCUCGUCAUCAUCGGGAUUCUGCACUGGCAGGAGAAGAAAGCAGAUGACCGGGAGAAGAGACAGGAGGCCCAUCGCUUCCAUUUUGAUGCCAUGUGAGAAAUUGGAGUGUUGUGGGUAUUUAUUUUCACUUUUUUUCCACACUGGAGCUUUUUAUGCAUUUAAUAAUGUCUGAAAUCAGAGGAAUCCAUCUAAAUAUGAAUAUUUUGAACAGUGAUGUGUCUCUCUGGAUCUGCUGACUUCUGAAGAGGAGAGAUAUGUUUCUGUCAAGUUUGUUUACAUGAUCCUAAAGGCAUAAUGACAUUUGCACAUUGAGAAGAGAGAAAUGUUUUGUGCCUUUUUUUGUGUGUGUACUUUGGUUUGGGACAAACAUGUUAUUUUAAAACUCUUUUGUCUUUAUUUCUCUGUAUUGUUAAAGUAUCUGGUAAAUGUCAAGUGGGCAGAAACAAAAACCGGUAAUUUUCUCUUCUUGUUUGUUUUGUUUCAAGUUUUAUGUCAUGUGUUUUGAAGGAUGUAAUUAAUUGUCAGCCUUUAUGUCUAUGAAUGUAACUGAGUGAUAGUUCUUUCACAUCACUGAACCUCUUUAGUCUUUACUUAAUAAACGCUUUGACUUCAAGCACUACAUGAGGCCCCCUCUUAACAAAGGUGUCCUCUGCAAACUGAUUUUAUUAGGCAUUUAGCUAGAUGGAACCCAAAAAAAAAACUCAUAUGCCAUCCUUCUUUCACAAUAAAGUAUUGCUUUAACUGUCAACAGUCAGUGCCAGCCACAUCCAAAAGAUUUCACAGCGAGUUUAGUGUUUUGAUUCAUUGACUUGACACUGGGUAUCAAUAUUUAAUUGGAAGUCAAGUCCCCAAACCUAAUUGCCUGAGGUCAACAUAAAGCAGGUUAUUGUUUCUGCAUGCACUGUCCUCUGUCCGCAUUCUAGUAAUUCCCUCUGUGUCUGUCCUCUUUCCAAUUGUAAGACACUUGUCAGUUUCAAAGUGGUAUUAUUUAUUUUACAUGUUUUUAAAACACUGGAAAUUAAUUAUGUGCUGCUGAAGAAUGUUCAUUGUGAAGGGUUUUGUUCUUGGCUGUAUAUAUCUUACACAUGCUUUGAUCCAUAUGCAUCGAUUCAUAUACUAAUCUCUUUUACAUUUAAAAAUGGUGUCAUUAUUUGCACAUAAAGUGAUUUCACUUUAAAAGGAAAAUUCAAUUGUCAAACCACAAUACAGCUGCAUACUAAACUCACAUAUUAACUGGCAUGCAAUUGUCUAUGGUUUUCACUAAUUGUUUCUGGUCAGGUGCAUAUUGGUCCUAACAAGUUAUGCAUCUGUGCUCAGUUUUAAUUAUUAAUGAAUCACUCUCAAUGUGUUUUUGGUUGUUGAAAUUCUGUUUUGUCAUUAGAUGUCUUUUGGAAUGUUGUAUUAACAAUAAACAUGACCAAAUGCUUUAUUA